UUCAGUUCGUUUUGAAGUUUUUUUCUACCGGGAGUUCGUUUACAAAUGCGCUUCUUGUGGAUGAAGUUCUUAUGAUUCGUCUCAUUUGCAAGGUUUAUAAGCUAGCUUCAGCCUUCAGGUGAGUGUAUGUUUUGAUUUAUUUCUUGAUAUUUUCAUAGUGCAAACUCAUGGGUCUGUUGAGAUUAUGUAAUCACAGUGUUAGAUUUUCUAGUGUUUUGAGGUUCCCAUGUUAUCCUCCUACAGUAACAUCACUUCAAAGGGUCACCAAUUUAGCUCGUGUCAAGAUCUGUGAUGGUCCUGAAAACUUAUUGUCUGGUUUUGAAUUAGAUCAGAAAUUUUACAACCCAUUGAGACAUUUUGUUGGAACAAGGCAAUACUCUGUUCAUAGAUUGUUGGGGUCAGGUUUUGACCAAGAACUACGCAAACCAUCGAGACAUUUUGUUGGAACAAGGUAUUACUCUGUUUCCAAGAUUCAGAAAUAUGUAUACAGGCCUCUAAUGAAAUGUUUGAGUUAUGUCACUUUUUUCACUGGGAAGUUUGAAAUCACACCUUAUACAAAUAUAACUCUUUAUGUGUUCCCUUUUGUUGAUAAAAUCUAUGGAGAGAAAAUAUUUUCGAGUUGGAAACAAGCGUGUGGAAGGGGGUUGAGACUGCCCCCGACUGACCCCCAGUGUAUUCGAGUUGAAUCUAUUGCCGCGAAGAUUCUUGAGGCAUUACAGAGGGAGACGGGUAGGCGUCACGUGUUGGCUGAUCAACAAUGGAUUAAAGAUGAUGUUGAUGGGAAGGUUAAAUUGGUGAAGAGAAGUGAAAGAAUUGAGGAGUCGACAAAUGUGCAUUUGAAGGAGGGAAUAAACUGGGAAGUUUUUGUGAUCGAUCAUCCUAUAAUUAAUGCAGGUGCUCAAGAAAUCGGGGCAAAUAUGGGAAAGAUUGUUUUGUUUACGGGCUUGUUUCAUGUUUAUAAGAGGGAUGACGAGCUAGCAAUCAUUAUUGCACAUGAGGUUGGGCAUGUUAUUUCUCGCCAUAUACAAAGACGUCAUCUUUGGCUUCCAUUUAAGAAGAUUUAUCACCGUGUGAUAAAUGGCUAUGAUUCUGAGAUGCAUUAUUAUUUGAGGUAUGAACAUGAAGCAGAUUACAUUGCAAUGCUAUUAUCUGCAUCUGCUGGAUAUGAUCCUCGAUUUGCACCUACUGCAUUGUCAAACCCGGACGAAUGCUUGGACUUGAAAUUCGUAAAGUAUAAUCAGUUACCGUUUUCUAAACUGGAAAAUUCGGAAAGAAUUGAGUUUAUGACUAAGCCAGAAGUCAUGCAAGAGGCAGUUCGUAUAUACCAAGAAAAAACAAAAGGACAGUGUGCUGAUCAAGAAUAUCUUGCAGAGAAGAAGUAGGGAAGUGUGAAGUGAUUGGAGAUCAGACUGGAGAUUUAAGUCAAAUAUAUUUGUGCGACAAACAAGUGUAGCACUGUAGAUUUUAGUUUCUAAUGUAAUUCCCUAUUUGUUGAGGCAACUCAGGUGGUAAAUUUCGAUGUUUUCCUCUUGUUCGUGUUUGAGGUGCAAUCAUAUAUGAGAUUCGCAUGAAUGACAAUUGGUUUGGAAUUUCAUCUUAGCCAUGGUAUCCCUUAUCUCCACUCUUUAUUGUGUACUUUAGCAAAUAUAGGCUCAAUUUCUUUGCCGGAAAUUAUAGGCUCAAUUUGUUUGUCGGAAAUAACUUAAAUCUGUAAUAUG